UCAUAUAAAUUGAGCUAAAUUUACUUUGUUUUAUACUUACAAGAUUCUUAUUUCCUUUAUUUAGUAAAUUAAUCCCACCUAAGAAAAUAUGUUAGCAAUGUCUUCUUUAUUAUGUCCUAAUACUAAUUUAGGGUGGGAGUAUCCCUUAGGAUUAGAUCCAAGACAACCUUUAGAUAACCUCGAUUUCGAUUCGAUAUUUCUUGCUAAUAUAUCAUCAACAUCACAAACUCGAGAUUACGAAGAUAAUCAAAUGUCUAGUGAUCAAGCUAAACGAAGUGAAUCACCACAAGGUACAAGUUCAACAGAUCAAUUUGGUAAGAAUCCCUCGAUUUCGAAGAAGCUUAAUCAUAAUGCAAGUGAAAGAGAUAGAAGAAAGAAGAUCAAUAACAUGUAUUCUUCUUUACGUUCUUUGCUUCCUACAAAUGAUCAAAGGAAAAAAUUAAGCAUUCCAGCAACAGUUGAACGAGUGCUAGGUUAUAUACCUCAACUACAAAAAGAAGUGGAGGAUCUAGUUCAUAAAAAGGAAGAUCUUCUAUCAAAAACUUCAAUAUUACAAGGAAAUGCUAGGAAAAUUGUUCAAGAGGAAAAUCCAAACAAAUGCAUAAUUAACAAGACGACGUCAUGUUCGAUUUCAUCAAAUAAAUUGGGUGAUAAAGAAUUGGUGAUUCAAAUAUCAGCAUUUGAGAGAAUAUCAAUCUCUGAAGUGCUUUUGAUGCUAGAGGAGAAUGGUUAUCUUGUUCUUGAUGUAUCUUCUUUUCAAUCCUUUGGAGGAACGACUUUUUACAAUAUACAUUUGUGGGUAAGUUACAAUUUUGUCCCUUUUUCUCGCUAUAUUGUAAAUUUUGUUUUAGUAGGAUUGAGUCUUAUACACUGUGAACUUAUAAACAUAGUCACAUCAGUGGCGAAAUUAGGAUUUUACUUUGAAAAUGACCAAGUUUAUGUUUCUGAAUAAUUUAUAUGAGAUUUGAAUAGAAAAUCAUCGAGCACAGUUUUAAAAGUUACCACAUUAUUCCUCGGAAAAAAAAAACAGUGGGGACGGCUCACCUGUCUGAUCUAUUCCCUAAAUUUCUAUCUUAUAAUUAAGAUUAAUAUUAUAAGUACUCUGUAAUAGAAAUUAUUUUUUUUUUCAAAUAAUUAAUAUACCACAUAUAUUAUUUCUAUAAGGGAACAAAUAUUUUGUGUUUGAUUUAUAAUAAAGGCAUAAUCUAUGCAAUUCUUAGAUAAUUCAAUAUUUUAUGAAAGUGUAUGAGAAAAUGUUCCUGGUAUUGUACUCCGUACGAGUAUAGAGGUUGAGGGAUGCUUUUCUUCUAUUUUUUGGUCCCAUGUAAAGCGUGAGGGUAAUUUCGUUGCCCAUCACCUAGCUAGGUUAGUGCCAGUUGGUCGUGAACAAUUGUGGGAAAACUUUGUUCUGGAUGAAGUUUCUCCGUAUGUAUUUUUGGAUAAUCUUUCAUGAAUUAAUGAAUUAACCGUUUUCUUAAAAAAGGGGGGGUGGGGGUUUUGAGGGAUGCUUUUAUUAAACUUUUCACAUUUUACAAAAGUGGCUAAGGGAAUUGGAAUAAAUGUAGUGAUGUAACAUAACAUUAUCUUAAUUAGAAUAUUCUUAGCCAAAUUUAAAAUGUUAGUACUCUUUGUUGCAUUACCCCUAUAGCCAUGUGUG